GGGACAGAAUUGUUCGCCUACCCUUGGAAGAUGGCGGUGCAAUCGGCAACGCGGUUUUUGUUGCCGGUUUACCGGACACUAACGACACCGUCUCUUUGGGCUUCCGGCCGGCGGUUUUUACCAGAAAUUAUUAGAAGCCAUCGGCCGCCGCUGACUUCAUGGCUUAUACCAGCCCGAGGGCUGCGGGAAAUUGUCCGUGUGCAGGAGGGACAGACCAUCACAAUUGAAGGAAAAAUAGUUAAAGAUUCGACAGAAGCUUCUGAACCUCCAAAUCCUUCAGGACAGUGUCCAAUCUGCAGGUGGAAUCUGAAACAUAAAUAUGACUAUACAGAUGUGCUGCUGCUCAGUCAGUUCAUACGAUCAGAUGGAGGGAUGUUACCACGCCGUGUCACGGGACUCUGCUUCGAAGAGCAUAAAAAGAUUGAAGCCUGUGUGAAGAUGGCUCAUCGAUCUGGCUUGCUGCCAGACCACAAACCUGCCCUGCCAGAAGGUCAUAUUCCGAAAAAACAGAAGCCUCACUUAAACAGAUACCUAACUCGAUGGUCAGUCAAGUCCGUGAAGCCCAUUUGGAAGAAAGGCCUUAAGUGGUGUAAGGUACGCAUGCCUGUCGGAGACCCAAUAAUGAAGAAUAACAUUGUCUAUGGGAAGAAACCCUACUAUAUGAAGCACUGAUGUGGAUGCUGGCAACUUUAAGCUCCUGGGCAUUUUUUUGAAUCCAAUAUUCAGAAGGGUAUUCAGAUAAGAUUUAUUUAGAUACAGAGAUUUCUUUGCUAUUAAUGUGUACAUAAUAAUUCUGUGGAUAUCAUCUAUAAUUUGACGAUGCAGAUUAAAGCAAUAG